GCAAAACAUCUGCGAAAUUUAUUGCUAAAAAAUAAUGUAAACAGUACAUGAGUACAAUAAGUAAGUACUUAAAAUUUAAUAACACCGAUUGAUGUUUUCAGAUUAAUCCUGAUUAGUUAUCUUUUUUGUUCGAAAGGAUUUGCGGAUUCUUAUUAUUCGCGGUACUUUCGUGAAGUACUGUACCAAGGUGUAUAGAGUCGAUAGACUGUACUGUACGUAUUGGUUUGAAAAGUUAUCAGUUAUGAGCGUUUGUUUUGUGGCGAAAUGCACAUGAGCACGAGUUUCAUGUUAUGAAUAUGAAUGAAAAAUCAUCACAACUUAAUGCGCUGGACUCGGUUGUGCCGUCAAUCUGCAUUGUGCAUUCAUGAUUCACGAUACGUUAACAGCGUUCUGAAAUAUUUUGGGUCUAAAUUAAAUAUUAGUCCCUUUUUAUGAUCGAUUUUAUUCCGUGUAGUUAUUUUUUUUAUUUUUUCAAUGCCGCCAUUUUCUACGCCAUUCACGGAACACCUGAAGCGUCCUGAGUACUAUUCCGUGUAUGAUCCCGCUGAAGAUUCGUUUUUAUUCCUCGAUGCUCUGCAGCGUGAUUGGACCAAUAUCGAGCGGCUGAGGCCAACGAUUUGCCUGGAAAUGGGGUGCGGUUCGGGAAUAGUUACAGCGUUUCUGGCGCAAAAUCUUGCACAUCCUGCGAUAAUGAUAUGCGUGGACAUCAACCCGGCUGCCAUUUCGGCCACACAGCUGACGUUCCAAAAAAAUGUGGCCAGCUCUGUUACUGGGUGUGAGUGCGUUGUGGCCAGUUUGGCUGAGUGCUUUCUUCCGGCCUCCACGGGACAAGUUGAUCUCAUACUUUUCAAUCCGCCAUACGUUGUUACGUCCUCCAAAGAGUUGGCGGACGGGGAUCUGACUAGCAAAGCAUGGGCCGGUGGGGUUGAUGGACGCGAAGUUCUGGAUAAAUUUCUCCCACAAGCGUCGCGUCUGUUGUCUGCCGAAGGUGUCAUGUACUGCGUUAUCAUCAAACCUAAUCAGCCGGAGUCCAUAGCCGAAUUUAUGCUUGGAAGGGGGUUCAAGACGGAUUGCAUUAAAGAACGUAAAUGCCGCAACGAACAUCUGAUUAUCCUGCGCUUUUCUCGCGUAUUUUCCCAAUGAUGGUCGUUUAAAAAAGUUGUUCAAAAUGUGAGUGCCUGAAUGGCUCCAUGAAUCGUGGCUAAAUGCUGCUGCUCGUGUUUAGAAGAAAAACUGACGACGAGAAAAAUCUGUUUUCGACAUUUCGAUGCCACUUGCCCCGACCGGGUGACGAAAUCUGAUUCUAAUGUGAGAUAAUAUACACAGGGGUUCUAAAAUUCGAAAUUCUAUGUACAUUAAAGGCGUAAGUUCCAUCUAUCC